GUGAGGGGAGGGAAGCCGCUUGCUGAGGGGGCUGCCCGGGCGGCUGCCGCCGCCGUUGCUGCUGCUUCCCGCCGCCGGGCCCUUGAGGGGAGAGACCUUGGAGUCUCAUUGAGGGCCCGGGGGGGAGAGGGGGAGCGCCGGUGUGGGGCAUCCUCGGGCCGGGCACUGGGAACGGGGCCUGUGAAAUCUUACUGGGGUGAGAGGAACGCAGAACUGCUGUCGUCGCAUCCAGCAGGAGGUGAAAUGCGGACGCUUGGUGAGGCUGCUAGGAGACUCCUUUAAAAUACAUAGACAGAAGGUGCUGCGUCGCAUCACUGGUAGCGAACUGGCGGAGGCAGAUAUGUUUGGGAGACUGAGCGUAGGGAGGUUCAGAAAACCGAUUCCACAAAUUCACAGGUAAGGGGCCUUACCUGUAAACAGGUGUGGAAGAGAACGGGCAGCGAUUGUAACACUACAAAUCCAGCAGUUGCAGGUGCUGGGAGAGCAUAGGAGGACUGUGUCGGAGGUGGUGGCUGGACUCAUGUGCUGUCCUCAAGUAGCACCAGCCGCUGCUGGAGACAGAAUACUGGGCAAAGGAGACUAUUAAUCUGACCCGUUUCUUGAUAUGCUCCAAAAGAAGCAGGAGUCCCAUUGGUUUCCAGCUGUACAUGGGGAUUUAUCCUUACCUAUAAAGAGAGGUUUGAACUGCUGGCACAAGGCAGAUCAGAAUAGUAGGUGAAUUUAAUUUAGUAGCAUUGUAGGGGAUAUAGGGCUAAUUAGUCUUCAGAAACCUCUUGAAAACAAGUAAUUACUAAGGAGAUUUUAUGCUGCAUUAAAAUAGAAGAAAUUUGAUCAAUUAUGUUAAUCAGUGACAGAUUUCUAAAAGUAAUAGGUAGUUAUUUACAGAAGAGAUCAAGCAUAACCUGGAUGAAGGCCAUAAGAUCCCUAACAAUUCCAUAUGAUAGGAUUCUGUUAAACCUUGUAGGUCGUGAAAACACAGCUUCAAGCUUGCUGCAGGAUCACUAUCUUUACUCAUCUUGGAGAACUGACAACAGUCUCCCAUGGACAUUGGACAGCAGCAUUAGUGAAGAAAACAGGGCUGUCAUUGAGAAAAUGUUGCUGGAAGAAGAAUAUUAUUUAUCUAAUAAAUCACUUUCUGAAAAAAUAUGGCUCAAUCAAAAGGAAGCAGAGAAAAGAUCUAUGAAAAGCCCACAUAAGAAAACUGGAAAAGUCAUGGUGCGAUCACCUACAAAAUCAGCUAGCUACUCAUUAAAGUGGACAUCAGAAGAAAAAGAACUGUUUGAACAAGGACUGGUGAAAUUUGGCCGCCGGUGGACGAAAAUUGCCAAGUUGAUUGGAAGUCGUACUGUUCUACAAGUAAAGAGCUAUGCUCGGCAGUAUUUUAAGAACAAGGCAAAAAAUGGUGAUUCUGAAAAAGAAGAGCAAAGUCAGUGUGGGAGCAGUCUUCCCACUGAAGAUGGGAUAAGGGUAGAAGCGUGGUCAUCUGGAAGCUUGAGAGGCCGUGCAGAUCCCAAUCUGAAUGCAGUGAAAAUUGAAAAGCUAUCAGAUGAUGAAGAAGUAGACAUAACUGAUGACAUGGAUGAACUAGUUUCUCCUACCUUCCAGCAAGAAACUGGAAAAUCUGCAUUAUCUGUUAUUUCAAAAAGUCCAGUUGAAGAAAGGAAGGGAAUGGAACAUGGUUUUUCAUCUGUUGGACACAGUUCUGCAAUUUCUUUAGCUAAAGAGGAUCUUCAACAUACCAAGCAAGAUACAGUGGAUGCAUUAGUAUUUCCAGGUGUUGCAGCAACAUGUUCUCAGCACCUGAACGGUGACAAAUCUGUGAACUUAGAUUACCAGCAAUACAAUAAUUCUGUUGAGAAAGCUGAACAAGGCAGACUAGUAACAUCUAGUGGUACUAAACGAGUAACUGAUCAAGAGCGUAAUGAGGAACAGAGAGACCUGGGUGAUAAUGGAUUGCUUUUUCCUUCCCCAUGCCAAGUGGAUGAAGAUCAUCAAGAAGAAGCAGAGGAGCUUAAGCCACCUGAUCAAGAAGCAGAGGUUGACAGAAGCAUCAUUCUGGAAGAAGAAAAGCAAGCUAUUCCUGAAUUUUUUGAAGGGCGCCAGGCCAAAACACCAGAGCGUUAUUUGAAAAUUAGGAAUUAUAUUUUGGAUCAAUGGGAGAGAUGUAAACCCAAAUACCUGAAUAAGACUUCAGUACGUCCAGGCCUGAAGAACUGCGGUGAUGUUAACUGCAUUGGACGGAUCCACACAUACUUGGAACUAAUAGGAGCAAUUAACUUUGGCUGUGAACAGGCUGUCUAUAACCGACCACAACCAGCUGAUAAAACACGGUCCAAAGAAGGCAAAGACACAGUGGAAGCAUACCAGCUUGCUCAGCGCUUGCAGUCCAUGCGUACAAGAAGACGGCGAGUGCGAGACCCUUGGGGAAACUGGUGUGAUGCAAAGGAUUUGGAAGGACAGACAUUUGAGCAUCUGUCUGCUGAAGAAUUAGCAAGAAGAAGAGAGGAAGAAAAACUGAAACCUGCAAAAUCUUCAAAAGGUUCAAGACAAAUAAAAAGUUCCUUUGAUCCCUUUCAGCUGAUACCGUGCUGUUUAUUCACUGAAGAAAAACAGGAACCUUUUCAGGUGAAAGUGUCUUCCGAAGCACUUUUAAUAAUGGAUUUGCACUCUCAUGUGUCUAUGGCAGAAGUAAUAGGGCUGCUAGGUGGAAGAUACUCUGAAGCUGAUAAAAUUGUAGAAGUUUGUGCAGCAGAGCCGUGCAAUAGUCUCAGUACAGGCCUGCAGUGCGAGAUGGAUCCAGUAUCUCAGACGCAGGCCUCGGAAACGCUGGCCGCCAGAGGAUACAGUGUUAUUGGGUGGUACCAUUCCCACCCGGCCUUUGACCCCAACCCCUCCAUACGAGAUAUUGACACGCAGGCUAAAUACCAGAGUUAUUUCUCCAGGGGUGGUGCCAUGUUCAUUGGAAUGAUUAUAAGUCCUUACAACCGAAAUAAUCCUCUUCCAUAUUCUCAGAUUACUUGUCUAGUAAUUAGCGAUGAGAUCAGUUCUGAUGGUUCCUACCGCCUGCCCUACAAAUUUGAAGUACAGCAGAUGUUGGAGGAACCUCAGUGGGAAUUAAUAUUUGAAAAAACACGAUGGAUAAUUGAAAAAUACAGAUUCUGCCAUAGCAGUGUCCCCAUGGAUAAAAUUUUUCAUAGAGAUUCUGACCUGACUUGUUUGCAGAAACUUUUGGAGUGCAUGAGGAAGACUUUGGUCAAGGUUGCAGUCUUUCUGAUCUUCCGUUCUACGGGGAGAUGUUAUGUUGUUCCGCCAGAUCAUUGUGAUUUGUCCACUUCUAAUUGCCACUGUUUCCUGUGGAAACAAGAGCUCUUGAUUGAUGGCAAACUGAGUGCAACAAGCAGAAAAGUAUUUGUCUUUAAUUUAAAGAAAAAAAACAACCCCACCAACUUUUAUAUCCAGAGUCUUCUCUAUAAUGUGCAGUUCAAUAAGAAAACAUACUGGUUUCUAUCAGUUCUUCAGUUAUUUCAUGCAAGUCUAUAUUCAGAUAACUUAGUCAUAAACAGAUUGAUCUUGAUUGAGGAGUUUCUUGAUUGCAACUUGGAAAUGUUUCAUGAGCUAUAUCACUGUGAAUCUUUAUAGAAAAAAUGUACUUUAAAUUUUGCUUUCUAAUUCAUGAGGAAACUUGACUCAUAUACAGUUAUUACUAUUUACACAGAUUUAUCUUGGGCAAAGUUUCUCAGAGAGGUCUAAAAUGUAUUUGAGAACAUGAAGCAAGCAAGACCUUGAGUUUACAUCUAGAGGGGUGACAAUGGACUCGAUUCUUAUUUAAAAAAAAAAUAAAUCUGUAUAUAUUUAGGUCUACAUAACAUAAAUGGAAUUUUAAGAUUUUAUAUGUUUACAUUUUUAACUUCAGCUUUUCAUUUGUAUAAAGAGUUCGAAAAGCUUUAAAAUAGUAGAGUUGCAUCCCACAGAGGGAACCCCUUUGCAGGAGGUUAACAUUACUUUUUUAUAACACCUUGUAAAAUGUUAGUCUCUUUCUGUUACUAAGUGGAAGGUGCAGAACCUGAUCGUAUGAAAACGUGAGCCCUUGAUACUCAGUGAUUCUCCCAAUGCAGAUGCAAGAGCUGUGGACUUAAAAAUAUCGGUGGAUGUUCUAUGCUCUCUUCUAUGUUCAGAUCUGCUGGUGCGCAGCUUUAGAUCCCACUACUAUGUAUAAUUUACAUACUUGGUGUAUCCAUCUCUAUAAGGCAUGCUGACUCAGUCUGCAUAUAUUCUAAAAUGUCAUCUUUGGGACUUCCGAAUUAAAAAUAUUGCAUGGUUUUCUGUAUUUCUAGUUUGAACUACACUCUCGGUGAGAAAGCAUUCCUUCCCUACUUAGUUGUGGAGUGGUCUGCAGUGUAAGGUAUUCUUUUGCAGUUUUGCAUAGGUUACUCUCUAGAAAAAUCACACGGUGUAAAUGUAUGUACUAAAAGCUGUAAUUAGUUCUGAUUUGUAGGAAGAGAAUUUUGAACCUCUUGUGUAACAGCAAUAGGAAGUAGAUAAUGUUCUUUGUCCACAUAUGGUCUAUUUCCAGGCAUUUAGGGAUGGAUGUCAGUAUUAACCCAGUAGUGGUAACAAUGUGCUGGCUGCUUCUCUAUUUAAUGAUUGAAAUGAGUUAAAGUACUACAGUUGUAUUAAUUGGAUUUAACAGUGAUGUUACAUAAGAAAAGUUUUGAGUAAAACGUACUUGAAGCAGUUUGUCUCUUGAGAAGAGGAUGUGGUGCAGUAUUGAGCCUUUGACAUGCAUGCAAAGACUCCAGAUUCUGUAAGAGUUCAUUAGCAGGGUGGUGUGGGAGGAAAUAAAACUGCAAGACCAUCCUAAUCCAGUAUUAUCACCCGAUACCGUAUGUGAAUUGGAAAGACCACACUUGUGAUGCGAAGUAAUAAUUUUGUUGGCAGGAAAGAACUAACCUACUUUUCAUAAUUUAUUUUGACUGUGCAGUUAACAAUACGAGUUUGGAAGUUGCAUGCUUCUAAGAAGAUAAAAAUCCAUUUUACUAAUACUACCAGAUUUGCUACCAAAUGCAUAUAAGGCAUUAAAUAUUUUGGGGGAAGCUUUUUUUUUUUUUUUCCCAUCCAGCAAUUCUUUUUAUGCUAGCUUUGUUUCAGUGUACCUGUGUGGACUCUUACACUAUUCCUUUAUGUAAGACCAGCUGUUAUGCCUUGCCAAGUUGUUGUUCAGGAGGUGGGAAGUGGUUGAGUAGCAAGUAGAAUGAUACAAUUUAAACUGGAAGAGUCAACAGUUUAAAAAAAAAAAAAAAAAAAAAAAAUAAGCCCCAACCCCUAAGAUGUAACUUUUGGCAAAUACCCUUUAUGGGUAUUUGUUGGCCGAGUCAAGUUUUGCUGUCCCAGUUAUCAGCAGUGCUUCUUCACAGGGAUAUAAGCCUCGUGUUCCAGGGGAGGGGUAAUGCCCAUAUUUUUUUAAAUAAGUAACUUCCCAAGAUCAAUUCAGUUGAGGAAAACAAACAAACGAACUAAACCAAACCGGAACCCAGCCAAACAAAAAGUUAACACUGUUGCCAUUGAUGUUCUUUUUUUUUUUUUUUUUUUUUCCCUUUUGCUUGCUGCUUUGAUAUUCCUGACUGAUUGUGUACAGGAGACUGCUAAUAAAGACUGUGUAUGCAGUA